ACGUUUCAGUAUUGCCCUUGACACAGCCAAGAGCAGUCACGUCAAACGUAGCUACGUAAUUUAUCAGUAAAAUGCAAGAAUUCUCCGCAACCGAACACCAGCACGUCCGCUACAACCCUCUCAAGGAUGAGUGGGUGCUAGUGUCCCCUCACCGUUGUCUGCGACCCUGGAGCGGCCAGACCGAGGCCGCGCCAGAGGACCAGCCCCCAGACCCCCUGAACCCCCUGCUACCAGGCGCUGUGAGGUCUAAUGGACAGCAAAACCCCCCGUACACAUCGACCUAUGUGUUUCCUAACGACUUCCCCGCUCUUCUGGAGAAAGUCCCGGAGCCCCCGCCAUCAGAACACCCGCUGUUCAGGUCCUCAGCUGCUAAGGGAACUUGCAGGGUGAUGUGUUUUCAUCCAGACUCCACAAUGACAAUUCCGUUAAUGACGAUUGACGAAAUUCUUGCUGUUAUCAAUGAAUGGGUCAACCAACUACAAGAGCUUGGCCGUCGUUACACCUGGGUCCAGAUCUUCGAAAAUAAGGGUGCUAUCAUGGGUUGUUCUAACCCUCACCCACAUUGUCAGAUCUGGGCGUCCAGCUUCCUGCCUAAUGAGCCGCGGGUUAAGGAAAGGUGUCAAAAAGAAUAUUACAUUAAGUUUAAGCGAUCUAUGCUUGGCGAUUAUUUGAAAGAAGAACUACAAAAGAAGGAACGUAUCGUCGUCAAAAACGAUGAAUGGGUAGCCUUAGUUCCCUACUGGGCUGUUUGGCCGUUUGAAACAAUGCUAUUGCCUAUUAAUGGCCGACCUCAGAGAAUGACAGAUUUGAAUGAACCACAAAAAAGGGCGCUGGCAGAAAUUAUGAAACAGUUGAAUAUUAAAUACGACAAUUUGUUCAAAUGCAGCUUUCCUUAUAGUAUGGGUUUCCAUGGUGCACCAACAGGAGCGUCUAAAGCCCCCGGCGACUCGCCUCAUUGGUUACUCCACGCGAUCUAUUUGCCGCCAUUACUGCGAUCGGCAACUGUCAAGAAAUUCAUGGUCGGAUACGAAAUGCUAGCUCAAUCACAACGGGAUCUAACUCCAGAGCAAGCCGCGCAGAGGUUGAGGGAGUGUGACGAUGUGCAUUAUAAAAAUAAAAAGUAAUUUUGUUUAGUUGGAGUUUGUGCCUUAUAAGAGGCUGAAUACGCCUCAGAAACAUAUGUAAUUAUAGAGAUUUGUUAAACGUCUUUUAUACUUAUGAAAAUAUAAAGGGAAACUAGUCAUUAAGGAGUCAUUUUUUAAUAAUGUUUGAUAUUUAUAUAAUCUU